AUGUCCCCAGAAAUCGCUCUCAAUGUGUCAGAGAGGGUACACUUUGAAACCCGAGAGCGACCUGACUCGGUUAUUAAGCUUCUCAAAGAUCAUGGACUCAAUGAUGCCCAAAUCCCAUUGCUUGUUAAGAAACUCCCAAGGCUCCUGUUAUACAAUGCUGAAACCCUUUUGCCCAAACUUGAGUUUUUCGGUUCUAUAGGCCUUUCAGGCACUUGCCUCCUUUGCAAUCCCAUUAUCUUGACGCGGAGCUUAGAGAAAUGUAUCCUUCCUUGUUAUGAUCUGAUCAAAAGUAUAGUUGUUGAGGAUAAAAGGGUUGCUAAAUUCUUUAGGACCCCGAAAUGCACAGUUUCAGCCGACUCACUGAGAUAUCUUGUGUCUAUUGUUGCCAUUUUGAGAGGGCUUCAAGUGCCGGGUUCCACAAUCUCUAUUUAUGUGACAUGGUAUCCUUUGAUGUUCGUCCAAAAAACUGAGUGUUUCAAGGAAGAUGUCAACAAGGUCAUGAGUAUGGGAAUCCCACCUUCAUCAUAUUCGACGUUCAUGCAAGCACUAGUUGCGACUUUUCCGUUGGAUGCAUCAAAGUGGGAACAAAAGAUGCAAUUUUAUAAGGGAUGGGGUUGGACUGAAGAUGAUAUCAUAUCGGCAUUUAGACAGAAUCCCAUGUUUAUGAAAUUGUCCGAGAAGAUUGUUUCACCCAAGAUGUAUUUUCUUGUGAACAAAAUGGGGUGGCAGCCUACAGAUGUGGCUCGGAAUUCAUAUGUUUUAGGUUAUAGUUUGGAGAAGCGGAUCAUACCUACAUGUUCAGUUAUUAGGGUUCUCCUGUUGAAGGGCUUAAUAAAGAAGGGAGAAUGUUCCUUGGUUAACAUUCUGAAGAUGAGUGAGAAGUACUUGAAUAAGUUUUUGCUCAAAUAUCAACAGCAAGUACCUGAAAUAUUGAGCAUCUAUCAAGGUAAAACAAGUCUUGCAGAACUUGGCUUAGGAUUUGAAGAGACAGCUAGAGUGGAUCAUUUGUAA